CAGGCAGCCGCGGAGCGGAAGUGGGAGCCGGAGCUGCGUCCGCCAUUGUGGGGAAGCGGAGCCUCGGAGCGGAGGAGAAGGGGGGGGGGUCUGGAAACCAGCGGCGCUGCAGCCCGGCCGCCCGGCUCCUUCGCAGCGGGAAUCGGAUCGGUGGCGGAAGCAAGCGGGCCCGGGCAGCGGCGACGACAAUCAAGCGGCGGGGAGGAGGAGGAGGGAGGAGGCGAGCGGCCCCGGCGUGCGGAAUCACUCGAGGCCCAGGCGGAGCGAGGGGAUCGCGGCUCCCCGUGAAGAAUGUCAGCCACCAGCGUCGACCAGAGACCUAAAGGACAGGGAAAUAAAGUUUCAGUACAAAACGGUUCGAUUCAUCAGAAGGAUGCAGUAAAUGAUGAUGAUUUUGAGCCAUAUCUAAGUAGUCAGACAAAUCAGAGUAACAGCUACCCACCAAUGUCAGACCCGUACAUGCCUAGCUACUAUGCUCCAUCCAUUGGAUUUCCAUACUCUCUAGGGGAAGCAGCAUGGUCAACUGCAGGAGACCCUCCUAUGCCAUACCUGACAACCUAUGGACAGAUGAGUAACGGUGAACACCAUUACAUCCCUGACGGCGUCUUCAGCCAGCCUGGGGCCUUGGGAAAUACUCCUCCCUUUCUGGGGCAGCAUGGAUUUAAUUUUUUUCCUGGGAAUGCAGACUUCUCUACAUGGGGGACGAGUGGAUCUCAGGGACAAUCAACGCAGAGCUCUGCCUACAGCAGCAGCUACGGCUAUCCGCCGAGUUCUCUGGGGAGAGCCAUAGCGGAUGGACAGGCUGGAUUUGGCAGCGAUACUCUGAGCAAGGUGCCUGGGAUUAGCAGCAUCGAGCAAGGCAUGGCUGGACUGAAAAUUGGUGGAGAUAUGACGGCUGCUGUCACAAAAACUGUAGGGUCAGCUCUGAGCAGUACAGGUAUGACGAGCAUCGCGGCCAACAGCGUGCCUCCGGUGAGCAGUUCGGCACCUAAACCCACCUCCUGGGCUGCCAUUGCAAGGAAGCCUGCUAAACCUCAGCCCAAACUCAAGCCUAAAGGUAACGUGGGCAUCGGGGGCCCCGCUGUACCACCACCACCUAUAAAACACAACAUGAAUAUUGGAACUUGGGAUGACAAAGGGUCAGUGGUAAAAGCACCCCCGGCCCAACCAGUACUGCCUCCUCAGACUAUAAUCCAGCAGCCUCAGCCAUUAAUUCAACCACCGCCACUGGUGCAAAGCCAACUGCCUCAACAGCAGCCUCAGCCACAGCAACCACAACAGCAACAAGGACCUCAGCAGCAGGCCCAGCCUCACCAGUUGCAGCAGCAGCAGCUGCAGAACCGCUGGGUAGCUCCUCGCAACAGGGGCGUGGGCUUCAGCCAGAACAACGGAGCUGGCGGCGAGAACUUUGGUUUAGGUGUUGUAUCCGUUAGCUCCUCGCCUUCCGGGGUGGAGGUGCACCCAGUGCUGGAGAAACUAAAGGCCAUAAACAACUACAAUCCCAAAGACUUCGAUUGGAACCUGAAGAAUGGACGUGUGUUUAUAAUCAAAAGCUAUUCAGAGGACGAUAUCCAUCGCUCCAUUAAGUACUCCAUCUGGUGUAGUACUGAGCAUGGCAAUAAGCGCUUGGACGCCGCUUACCGGUCCCUGAAUGGCAAAGGCCCACUCUAUUUGCUCUUCAGCGUGAAUGGCAGUGGACACUUUUGUGGGGUGGCUGAGAUGAAGUCUGUUGUGGACUACAAUGCCUAUGCUGGCGUCUGGUCUCAGGAUAAGUGGAAGGGGAAGUUUGACGUCAAAUGGAUCUUUGUCAAAGACGUUCCCAAUAACCAACUGCGGCACAUCCGCUUGGAAAACAACGACAACAAACCUGUCACCAACUCGAGGGACACUCAAGAGGUACCCCUAGAAAAAGCCAAGCAAGUGCUUAAAAUAAUUGCAACUUUCAAGCAUACCACCUCAAUCUUUGAUGACUUUGCACAUUAUGAGAAGCGUCAAGAGGAGGAGGAAGCCAUGCGUAGGGAGAGAAAUAGAAACAAACAAUAACUAUAUGGAGAUGCCCUGCUAGAAUUACAACACUAAUGAUGUAGACUCUGGAAAUGCCUAAUAUGUCUAAGAAGACGUUAUUAAAGCUUUUGGGUUUUGUUUUGUUUUGGGUUUUUCUGUUUUGGUUUUUGUUUUGUUUUCCUGCUUAAGGUGACAUCUUUGAACACUUUAACACAAAUUUGACUCUUCUUGUAAUGGUUCUCAUCAGUGCAUCUGCCCUUAUACUCUCUCACCAAACACACUUGAGAACUGUACCUUCGUCAAGCACUUUCUGUCCUGAAGCUUUUACCAGUAUCUGCUGUCUUUUGUAUUUAUGCAUCCUAGCUAAGGCACAGGAGACUGAACGAAUGAAAGGAUUCAUUUAACUCUUGGGAUUUGUUCAAUACUAACCUUUAACCAUUAGAAGUGGUUCAAUGAUGUGAGAUUCACAUUGCUUCAAUUGAAUUAUUCUUGGGUUUGUUUUGCCUUUUGGUCUAGUUUGGGGUUGUUUUUUUUAAUGAUUAUGACUUUAAUUGUUGGGUUUUAGCUAUUCAACAGAUUAAAAAGCAACAACAACAAAAGGCAAGUCAUGGCAUAUUUAGUCCUGGAGUAAAACUCAAAAAGUCUAAAUGUUCAUGUGAAAAUUUCUUGUAGUAAUCUUGUUUCUGUUUUUAAUAAUGGCAAAGCAACUUUAAGCUGCAGCUCAGCCAAGCGAAAGGCAACAGAAAAUUCUCUUGGAAUGACAUUUUUUUCCUCCCCCCCUCCCUCGUUUCAAACUGUUUGGUGUAAGAGGAUAUUAAUAUGCAGCUUGGUGGACACCACCACUUAAUGCACAUUUCUUUUAUUAUUAUUAUUAUUAUUUUUCCUGUAACAUGUAUACUGAAAAAGAAAAAAGUGCAUUUGUCUGAGGAACUGUUUGUUUGCUACCACUCAAUGAAUCUCAGUUUUGAGUCAAUGUACCUCAGUCUAAAUCAAGACUUUUUAUGACCUUUAUAACUACAUUUAAAAUAACCUUUAAUUCCUAUUUCUGGGUGUUUGCAAGCCUGACCAGAUUGCUAUCAUGAAAGUGAAAAUUUACUCCUCUAGGUGAUUCACUAGCUAAAUAAACAUAAUUCUUGUUUAGCAAGCAUAUACUCUUGUUUCUCCAAUCUUUGUUUUGUCCCAGCAUCAAGGUGGGUUUUUUCCCCUCCUCUUCUGAGAGAAAUACAGAGGUGGCCACGUUAAGGUGAUGGAAUUCUUCUUGUUAGAGCCAGGCAGCAGGAGUUUUAGGCUCCAUCUUCACCUGGGUAAUUGACUAGUUGUUUUUUUAACUCCUAAAAACUCUCUUUUUGUUUUGUUUCAGUUGCUCUCCUAACACAUUUUUCUGGCUGCUGGAAAGAGAAUGUUGAAAAAUGUGAAGCUGGGUGUACAAAAUCCUGAACAGCCUGUACCAAACUCCAGGGAUAGCUUUCUCUUUUUAGAACAGCAGUGCAGAAGGCAGAUAUGUUAGAGCUUAAAAUAGCAAUACCACAUAUUAUUUGAACAUGCUUCAUGUCUAACUGUCCAACACAGAUGUUUAUAUUGUGUUUCAAGUCCUUCAUGUACAGAUCUCUUUAUUUUUUCUGGCAGUCUGGUCUGGACUGUGAGUGGCAAAGGUUUGCUUUAAUUACAGACUGGUUUUAUUUGCUCUCCUCUUAAACCCCCUGCACUGCACUCUUCUCACCUUGCAGGAGCAAGGAGUUCAGCUCUCGUUUAUUUCUUGCUCGUGGUUUAAAGUCCUUGCUUGAGGCUGCUGAGGAGCAGUUACCAAUCUUAAUUUUCACUGCCAGUUUUCUGGAAGCUCACAAGAGAAGCCACUCCUCUGUUUGGGACAAAAGAAGUGAUCUGGCCUCAAAACAGAGGAGUAACAAUUAGCAGGUGGGGUAAGGGUGGGUAGGCAAGGUGCAUACUGAGAGAGGAGACAGGGAGAGAAAGGUUUCAAGCCCAAACCUUAGGAAAUGUGGCUUGAGCCCCCAGACCUGCUGCUUCCAUGCAUAACUCUCUCUUGCUAACAGGUUUUAUCGCUCUGUUGGCUGAUUGAUGGAUUAUUGCUUGUUGCUCCAGCUGCCACUGACCGGUCCAAAGUUGUCCAUCCAAAGAAUGUAAUCCUCCUGCUGAUCCUUCAAGGGACCAGCAGCUCUCUGCUUCUCCACUACAAAAAUACCUUACAAAAUGCACAGGAGCUUCCAGCUCCAAGCAAGUUGCUGCCAGGCAGGCAUCCAGGAGCCGAUUGCAUGUGCAACCCUAGUUUGCUUCCACUGCAGUAUUCAUAUUUUCGCAGGCUUUGCUUAGUGUUUCCUGCUCUAACCCCUUGCCUCUUCUAACAGCGUGAGCAUUGCUCUUGGGUGGAAUCACAUUUGGUAUCAAAUGGGUUCACUGCUUCCUGGCAGACUUGGAAAGCCUGGAAAAUGAGACAGGAUUGUGUGAGGUGGAGGUGGUCGCACGUAGAGAGCUGUGACAGUUCUCGCGCUGCUCUAGGGUUGUUAGCAAAGCUCCAAACAGAAGAGAUUCAUUGCUGAUGGUGUUAGUCAUGUUGCAACUGAUUUGCUGACUGCUGAGAGUUGAGUUAUGUGCAGCUGAAAUGAAAAAAAAAAAAAAGGAAUUUUAUGUGCAUAUAAAGUACUGUAAAAAAAUUAGUAUCUACCAUUGUAAAACCAGCUCUGGAGUGCUGUACUAGUUAAUGGACAUGUGAACCUUCUAGCCUUCAGCUUCCUUCUGCACGAGUUCUUUUCCUCCAGAAAGAAAAGGAAUGGUGCUUAAUAUCUCAAAUAAAUGUAGAAAUACAUUUAU